UAGGAGGUUCUCACAGUGCACUAUGGAUUCAUAAACAGGGACGUAAUGUGAUGGAAUUGACAGGUUAAGGGAUAAUAAGCUGGCUGCCACUGGGUGUGUUACUGUCGGUUUUAUUGGUUUAUAGUCUAUAAGAAGGAAGUGUUGCAUUCUGACCUGAGCGAGGAUAAAAGUGCAGUGAUUAUCGCUGGCGUAAUUACGGUUGUGCGUCUCAACAAGGAAAUCGGCAGCUCGAAGUAGCAGUUAACCGGUUCUGUGAUUCAAACAAUACCAUUUUGGAGAACAAUAAAAGGCAUUCAGUGCACCGUGAGUGCAAAAUGUAUAGAAUUAUACUGAAAGGUUUAUAUUAUACAACAUGAUUGGAGAAGUUUUCAAGCAAUUUACUAAGACAAAGUAGAAAAAAAGCGCGCUGAAUCAGCUGAAAUCACCACGCGCGAGAUACCUAUGUUAAAAUAGCUGAAUUCAAAUUCUAAAACAAUGUCUGAUAUCAAAAGCGUUUUAUCACUAUUAUGUCAGCAUUUAAAUUCAUCGAUCAAUGUCGUAAUGAAACCUGAAUAUUUUAGAUUGACAAAAUUUAAUGGUACAGCCGAAAAUAUCAUUGAGGAAUUCUGGAAAACAUUAAAUACUUUAAGUUAUCAUGCCGUGAGAGAAAAGCAAAUCGAAAUUGAUUUUCAACAGUAUGGUAUUAUUUGGGGAACAAAAUUGUAUUUUGCAUAUUUACAGUAUCCAGCCAUAGAGUUUUAUGCUUUAAACAGAGACAGUAAAAAUAACAGACAAUUAUUAUUAGCAUUUGCAUGGCUUCUUGGAACACAAAAUGUUCUAAAUGUUAUUAUUAGAAUAAAUUUAUCCAAUAGUGUACUGGGAAGAGAGUGUGCAUAUCCGAAUAACUCAGAAAAAAAAGAAACAGAGUGCAAUGUACCAAAGUCAUUGAUUGCACAAAUAAAUAAUGUAUUAUACUUAAAUGGUAAAGUAAAUUACAAUCUAAAAGAGAUAUCUGAGUUAAUUUCUGAAAAAGCUAAGCUAGUAAGCAAAGCUCAUGCUGCAAGUAUUAAUGUCAGUGGUUUACCACAUCUCAGUGUAUCAGAAUUAGCAUUAAUAAAACGUAUAUCAACAAUUAAUAAGAAGGCACCUUCUAAUGAGGAUAAAAGAUAUUUAAAGAAUUUAAACAUUAUUGGUGGUUUGUUAGAUACACAUAUGAAAUGGUUAAAGAAAGAACACAUGUUUUUUGAAUGGAUGGUCACCGUAGUUGAAGAACACAAUAAAUCUCUAACUUCCAAUUUAGAUGACAUUAAUUGGAAUGAAAUUUCAAAAUUCAUUUCCUUAUUACAUUAUAUAACACAGGAAAGAUUUGAAAGUUCAUCUUUCAAAAAUGAAUCUGAGGCUGCUCAAACUUGUCCUUCUACAUGUGUAUCACGUUUAUUAAAAGUUCAAGACAGUAAUAAAGAAAUGGAAAAUUGGUUAACAGACAUUUCUGCUGAAGUAAACAAAGAUAUGGAAGAUCUGUCUAAGAGAAAGGAAGAACUGUCUAAGGAAUUAAAAGAUAUUUUGAAAUCAAUACCUUCUUCCAUUCAAGUUUGAUUUGCAUAAAAAAAUAAAAAAAAUAAUUUUUAACAAAAAAA